AUGGCUUUGCUUCACCCUUGGAUCUGUGUAUUAGUUGGUUGUUUCUCUGCUUCUUUAGCAGGAACAUCCAGUCUGUCAGAUCUGUAUCCCCCUCUGUGGAAGGAGAGUCCUGGUCAGUUUAGUGACUAUAAAGUAGAGAAUGGAACAUACAUUAUUGAUCCAUGGACAUAUUUUGAUAGAAUAGGGGCAUAUAAAAUCUUAAUAAACAAUACAGCCAAGUUUUUUGAAAGAUUUGCAGCAGGAGGUGAACAGAAUAUUUUAUGGGGAUUGGCUUUGCAACAUGGCUGGCAAUAUAGUUCAGGCAGAUUAGCUGAUCCCAAGCAAAUGACACACUGUGGCUAUGAAUCCAAUCGUUUGUGCAUCUCUGUGGACAGCUGGUGGGCUGAUAUAAAUUACUUUUUAUGUGUCUUACCUUUCCUUGCUGCGGUUGAUUCUGGCAUCAUGGGCAUCUCAUCAGACCAAGUCUUAUUUUUGCCGCCACUGGUAGAGCAGACAAAGUUCUGUUUUAAUCUCUCUAGUUGCCAGUCAUCACACCCAGAAUUGAUGAGAAAGUGGAACGUCUUUUACCAGCAUUUGCAGUCACCUUUUAGAAGCUUUGAUGACCUGCUAAAAUACUAUUGGGAUGCACACACUUCAACUCUGCAAGAUACUUACAGAACCUUCGAUGACAGGAUUCAGUGUUAUUCUAAGCCAGAGAGAUAUUUUGAAAGAAAUUGGCUUUUGCUUUUGCAAUAUUUAAAUGAAAUGCGAUUCCCAACCACGCUAACUAGGACACAUGAAUUCCAGCAAGGACUGCCGGAUCGUAUGCUUGCUAGUGGGGAUCAGGCACCCUUCAUCAGUGACUUCACUAACUUACAAAACACAGUACUGUUUGCUCUAAAUCUUCUUUGUAAAGUGGAUAGUGCUACAGUGAGCUGGCUCCCAGCUUGUAGUCUGGCUGCCACGUACCCCAGGCCCUCAGUGGUGAGAAGACAUCGUCUUGAAAGCGUUUGUGUAAAGGACUUGAAAACGCUGGACACUGGUGCAGAUGAGUGGAAAAUGGAACUUAAAGGAGAGAAGAAAAUGCACAGCCUGCCAGUAAACGAUCUCUGUAAAUCGGUAGUUAUUCGGUUUGCACUAAAUUUAUCUCGGCAACACAAGAACCCUUUGUCUGUGGGACGGUGA